CAGAAAGCGAGUAUGGCUCGUAAAUUGCAUUCCUUUCCAAUUCUUGAUCGGAGCCAUGCUCGUCAUCGCAUAUGUCCAAGUACCCUGGGUAGCUGACGCGCUUGACGCGGCCGCAUCAAUCAGCCAUUUGGCUCCCCUGCAGACUCGAGCCGAGCCGCGUAUCAGUGGAAAAGCGGCCUGCUCGAGCUCGAAAGUAGGGAGUCUGUGUCUGCCACCAUGACCAAGUCGGCUAAGCGCAAGGCUGCACGACAAGCUGACUUUCAGAAAGCUAAACUAAAGCUCGGAAAAGGAAAGCAAGCCGCAAACAAUGCAACAGACACUUCUUUUAGAGCCAAAAGCAUCGCACUGCCACAGCAGAGCAUCAAUCUUGACAGGAGCCAAGCGUACACUACCAGGAGGGGUCAGACGCUGAACGACUUGAGUGUUCAAACCAAGCAUCACAGCCCUGCGAUAAAGAAAGAUGCGCUUGAGGGCAUUAAGGAGCUGCUGGUAUCAUACCCGCAUCUGGCAAGGUCACCUUCUUCGCUUCGCCUGGUCAUUCCGGCAAUACUGCACCUCAUCGGUGACGAAGAUACCCGCGUGCGAGGAGCUCUCCUCAGCUUUGCGGCUUGGCUCUUUCCACUCAUUGCUGCACCUUCAUCUGAUGCGCUUAGUGCGGAGGACCCCAGCUCUAAAUCGGAGAGUUUAUUGCAGCCGUACCUGUCGCAGUUGCUGCUCUAUGCGACAUCUGCUAUGUCUCACAUUUACAUGGCUGUGCGUAUCGAUGCCGUAAAAUUCCUCGACGUGCUCAUGACGAGCACUGGCUCCGCCGGUGGUAGAGAGCUCGUGAAAGGCUGGAACAACGUUCGAGCUGACGAUUUCGGAAGCAAGCUCAUCAUUUACGGGGAAGCUGGCCAUGCAGGUAGCGUGCUACGCUGCUUGUUGAACAUGCUCGGACUGUCAUCUUCAAUAUCGGGAACUUCAGCGAGGCGAUCGAAUCCAUCCUCUAUCAAUUCAGGGACUAGCGAGUUGGGGGCCACAAACAGCAUGGAUCUCUCUUUGAGUUCUCGUCUCGUUGUUUUGAAUGCUAUUCGCAGUUACCUCCGCAUCAUUACGUCUCUUCAACCCGGUACAGAGGGAGCAUCCACAGGUACAAAGGAAAACGAAGCGAUGGGCAGCACCGGUUCGGCCGCCAGCACCAUGUACGAGGACUGUCCAACUUGGAUAUUUAACAGCAGCUUUGCUUCCCCGUCCGACUUUGAAGCUUUUCAGCAGGUGUUGCGAAUCCAUGCAAAUGGACCAGCCGCCUGUCGACAGAAGCGGAUCCUAAACAUCUCAGCGGCUUCAACAAGCGCUCUUGCCUACGAAGCUAUUCCAACCUUGCUAGAUGACCAUGGCGAUCGAGGGAGCCUGGUCGAUUUGCAAGGUAGCGUUAGUCAGACGUUCCAAGCAGGCGACUUGCUGCAAUUUAUCUGCAGCGCUUCGACAUUGGGCACCAGCGAUGGCCCUCGAGGUCGACAGUUGGGAUCAGCGGCAAACGCUUUUCAAGCGCUGUUUGUGACUCUGGGGCCUACACUCAUCAAUAUUUUCAUCGAAGUGGCACCAGACGCAGUUGCGCAUCUCCAUGCCGUCUCGCUGGCACUGCCGCAGUCUUCCUCCACAGACAAGCAAAUCAAUACACAGGGCAAGAUUGCCUGUGCACUGUUGGACAUUGCGCUUUGUUUGAUCAGGGCAGCGAAUCUCUCAGAUACCUCAAGCUCGGCUGAGGCUGAGGCAUUGAAGCAGGUCUCUGCGUUGCUCGAACGAGUCUCCCGCUACUUCCCCUUCGGUCCAACAUCGUCUCAGAUGAUGAGCAGCAACCUCAGCGUGCAAGCGCAACAGCAAUUGCAGACGCUCAAUUUGUCGUACUGCGAGCUUUGCGCGCGGCUCUCUGCGACUAACGAUCUACCGGUAAUUGCAUCCUCAUCGAAGGACAGAUGGAUGCAAGCUGUUUCGGUGCGUUUGAAGCACGUUCAGCAGUAUGUAUCGGAGUUACUUUCGGCUUCGGUUGAAAGUGGCGCCCUCCCACUCUCCACCGAAUCACUGGCAUCCAUCUUGCCGACGGUAUGGCUACUCCUCAGUUUGCGCGGAGUCACAGGCACCCUUGCUGCAGAUGCAGACGGCCGGGAAGAUGAAGCUGGCGCCCUCGUGCAAUCAUUGACUGAGCGAUUUGCCAAAAUGGCAAGCACGGAUUCAGCGAAGGGUGUACUCUUUGCCUUCUUGGCACGGCUGUCUAUCAUUGAAAGCUAUCCCUCUUACCAAGGAAACUAUCGAGCAAGCCAAUCGCCGUUGCAGACCGCAUCCUUGCGUCGAUUCGUGUGCGAGCUGCCUCGCUAUCUAUGGGAUACUGCCUCAAAGCGAGAGGGCACCGCAGAAAAGAUUAUAGCUUACUUAAGACUCAUUGCCCUGAACGAAGAACUGGACAUCUUCGCUGCUUCUGACCUCAAUACCGUUCAAGAAAUGCUUGUACCGUUCUUUACCGCACGGGCUGGUGGAAGAUUUUUGGCUCAAAGGGUUGAUCUCUCUAGCCUCAUCGACGCCAUGCAUCCACUUCUCCCAUCGCUUCAAUCAGCUGUAUCAUCUAGUCUUGUAGCGUAGCGAAGCAUAAUACACCAAUGCACUCGGGUCGUGUCAAUCUGAAUGAACUGUUUAGCCGGACGUCAGCGUAUGUACUGUAGUCAACACUCAGG